CUGAGGUCUGGCCAGAGUACUUCACUGUGCCAUCGUUUACCUAUGAGGUUGAAUAUAUUCUGAGUCAGGGCAAUACAGCCUAUGAGAAGGAAGCAAAGCCCCUGAAGCUAACUAAAGAUCAGAAACACAACAUAUUGGAGGCAAUGGCUAUAGAGAUGUAUAAAUAUGCUGGGUACCCAAGUGGCAAACAAAUUCGCCAAGCUGCUGAGGCUUUAGUGAAAAAGCAUCCGUGUCUGAAAGAGAAGACCGGAACAGGAUAUGAUGCCUGGAAAAACAGCCUUUUCUUUAAGAUGGGCAACUACCGUACGAAACUUAGCAGAGCAGGCCUGAAAGAGGUGUCAGUGAAUGCAGGAAAGCGUAGUCGACUUCACCCCACUGCUCCAUCAGCCCACUCUCAAAUCAAGCGCCCCAGACGGGGAGAGAUUAAUUACCUACCAAAUUAUCCCGCCGGUGAAAGCAAGGACAGCUUGGAGGCUCAAAGAAAUGAACUCCAUAGUGAGUUUCAGAAAGCUCCUGCCGAAAGAGAUGGACCACUCAUCUUCUUGCUCAUGCAGAGAACAUUCGCGUUGAGACGUGAGGAAAUAAUCAACAGUCCAAGGCCUAUUGCAGAGCUGAGGGAGCGGUGGCCUGCCCUCUUCUGUGAAGCCCAGCUUUACAAGGAGGUCCAUCGCAUCACGAACCAAAACCUCCCCUUCAACUUCUUCGCGGCACUGGACAAAUACACUCCACAGCUCCUGAACCUCUACAAAGAGAAGCAGACGGGAACCUUGGGCAAGAAAAUGGCUGCUCUUCUUUCUGAUUACAGUAAACAGAUGCUCAGAUAG